AUGAGCGCUGAAGAGGAAAAAAAUGUUGGCGAAAGUGAGACAAAUAUUAUAUCGGAAAUUCACAAUGAUAAAAAUUUACCUUCAAAAAUAAAUUCUGAAAAAGACAGCGAAGUAUUAACUCUGGAUGAAGUUAUUGAAUUUUAUGAGGAUCAGCAAGCAGAAGCUCAAGCUUUACUUGGCGGCCAAGAUGAAAAAGUCUGCACAUAUCCUGAGGGCUACAAAGAUCGGCAAGCAAUUUAUUCUUGUCGUAACUGUACUCGUGAUUCGCAAUCUGCUGGCAUAUGUUAUGGCUGUAGUAUUCAUUGCCACGAGAACCAUGAUCUUGUCGAAUUAUAUACUAAGCGUUAUUUUUGCUGUGAUUGUGGCAAUUCAAAAUUUACCACUCCAUGUUCAUUGUAUAAAGAGAAAAGUUUGCUGAAUGAGAGAAAUAAAUAUAAUCAUAAUUUUGAUGGACUAUAUUGUGAAUGUAAUCGGCCUUAUCCAUGCAGUGAAUAUGAUGAUAGCGAAAUGUUGCAGUGUUGUAUUUGCGAAGAUUGGUUUCAUUUAGAACAUUUAGAAGAUUCGCCUGGUAGCAUAGAAGUUAAUGAAGUGGAGGAAGUUAUAUGUCGGGGUUGUGUUAAAAAACUUGAUUUUGUUGUCUUAUAUGCAGAUGACAUGUACAAAGAACCUGAAGACAAAAAUAUAACCUGUGUAAAGAAAUGGUUGGAAGCCUUAAUUCCAAAAAAGCCAUUAAGAGAUUAUUCUCUUUUCUUUAAUUCAUACGAUUGGCGCAAGAGAUUGUGUAAAUGCACUUCAUGCAUGAAUUUAUAUGAGGAUCUCGAUGUUUCUUUUUUGACUGAUAUGUCAGAUACUAUGAGUGCAUAUGUUGCUUCGCAGCUUCAGAAAAGUCACCUCGCUGCAGAAAAUAUUAAUGGAAGAUCAAGAAUAGUAGAUGCCAUUGUUCAAAAGGCGGGUCGUGAUGGUGCUGUUGAGUUGUUGCGAGGAUAUGAAGAUAUGAAAAAAAAAUUGGUAAAUCAUCUAAAAAGAUUGGCUGACGAGGGAAGAGAUAUCAGUGAAAAUGAUAUAAACGAAUUCUUUAGUGAAUUAAUUUCACAAAGAAAACGUCGUCGCAUUGAUAGUGGUAAUGUUGAUGAUGGUGCUAAUAAUAAUAAUGAUAAUGAAGGAGGAGAAAAGUCAAUCUGA